AUGAAAAGGCUUAAAUAUCACCUCGGAUGUGUCAACAUACAAAAGUCACUCAAGGAACUGACGGAGGAAUAUAAAUCAGGAUUUACAUGCCCGUGCUGUCGUAGCAAGUUGCCUAAAUCUGACAAUACUAAUACCCCCAUUAGAUCUUCUGGUCAACAAGCAAGCGAAUGUGAUCUGGGUGAAUUGUCGUCAGAGAACGUUAACUAUAGGCGAGGCACUAAACCUCUGCAAAAGAACACGACUAGCGUGACUACUGAAAACAUUAGACAAAUUAUUAAAGAAGAACUUGAAAACGUAUUGGAUGGUUUUAGAAUUAGCAUUUUAAAGGAAUUUGAGCUAAAAACUAAAGAAGUAUUGGAGCGUUUCAACCACAUAUCUGACACACUUAAGGGAAUUGAAGGCCGGCAGGAGGGCUUGAAGAAAGAAAUUGAUGAAAACUCAAACAGUAUUCGCUUGUUAAUAACCGAAAACACAGCUCUCAAGGACACAGUAGCUGAUUUAAAUGCUAGAGUUACUCGAAUGGAACAACACUCUCGAGCCAGCAACUUGGAAAUUCAAAACGUCCCUGAAUAUAAGUCUGAAAACCUUAACACCAUAGUUAAACAAAUCGCAGCAAUCACUGACUGCAAAUUGGAGGAAACUGACAUACAACUGUGUACAAGAAUAGCCAAAGUGAAUAACGAGAGCCGACGACCUAGAUCUAUCAUAAUUAAAUUCAACUCCCAAAAAGCGCGUGAUAAUUUAUUGGCUGCGACGUUAAAAUUUAACAAAAAAUCAAAGAGUUUGAAGGAUAAGCUAAAUACCAGCCAUCUUGGCAUCGGCGGUGACAUACAAUCAGUUUUUGUGGUGGAGCAUCUUUCUCCAGCCCAAAAGGCUUUACACGCAGCAGCCAGAUUUAAGGCAAGGGAAUUGAACUACAAAUUCGUUUGGAGACUUGGCUUAAUAGUGGCUGUUUUGAUUGUGAAUUCUUUGAGAGUGGGUAUUGUGUGUACAGACGAGAUCGCGAAACAUCUGCUUCAACUAAAAGACGGGGUGGCGGUGUCCUGA